AUGUGUAUGGUUAUAUUUGCUCCGAUUUUUGCCAUCUGUGCGUUUGCAACAUGUGGAGGAUACAAUGGUCACCUGCAGGUUAAAGUGGACUGUGCAGACAAGAGGCAGAGCAACCUCAGUAUCAACAUUGAUUUUGGCUAUCCAUUCAGACUGCAACAGGUGCAUUUCAAAGCCCCCUUAUGCGAGAGAAAUAGACAAGAGAUUCUCUUCCUGGAUGGAGAUUUUUCCACCACCGCUCAGUUUUAUGUGACUGUGGGUGUUUUUGCCUUCCUGUACUCCCUGCUGGCAACCAUCGUGUACAUCUUCUACCAGAACAAAUACCGAGAGAACAACAGAGGCCCACUUGUGGAUUUUGUUGUAACUGUGAUCUUCUCCUUCAUGUGGCUGGUCAGUACUUGUUCAUGGGCUAAAGGUCUUUCUGAUAUCAAAAAAGCCACAGACCCAGCCCAGGUGCUUCUGUUGAUUUCUGCCUGCACAGCUCAGGGAAACAGAUGUACAGCCACCAAAGAGCCUCUCUGGUCAGGUCUCAAUACAUCUGUGGUGUUUGGUUUUGUUAACUUGACCCUCUGGGCUGGCAAUAUCUGGUUUGUCUUCAAGGAGACAGGCUGGUACAAGACUGGCCAGCGGUACCCAACCAGGAGUGCUUCUGGGAAACGAGCCAGUGGGAUGCGGCAGCGGCUUUACAGCGAGAGCAGCUUCGACCAGCCAGGGGAGAGUUUUGCUCCUCAGCCAUCAAGACAAGAAACCAUCAAUCAAUCAAAAGGGAUUUUUGCACAGCAAGACUUCAGACAAGGUAGCUUCAGCCAGUCAUUGGCCAGCUUUAGCUUACCGCAAACCCAGCUUGGUACACCAGUCAUUUAUGGCCAGGAGAAUAAAUUUCCUUCCCAAGGUCCAAUGAUACUUGUCAAUGAAAUUUAG